AUGGACAGUGGGGACCAAAGGAGUCUUGCAGGACAGGAUGAGGAGACCAUGUGCACGUCAACUUCAGAGGGUCUGGAGGAGGGCGAGGUGGAGGGAGAAACUCUCCUCAUUGUGGAGUCUGAGGACCAGGCAUCCGUGGAUCUGUCUCACGACCAGAGCGGAGACUCGCUGAACAGUGAUGUCGGGGAUGAUGGGGAGGGAAGCUGGAAUGAGGACAUGUCCUUCUACUGUGACAAGUGCCACAAGUGGAUCCCGUCUGCCCAGCUUCGUGGAGAGCAGCCCAGCUACCUGAAAGGAGACAACUUCUUCAAGUUCAUCUGCGUGGAUUGCACGGAAGACGGGAAGGAGAGUUUUGAGAGGAUGAGGCUCACUUGGCAGCAGGUGGUAAUGUUGGCCAUGUACAACCUGUCUCUAGAGGGCACAGGACGACAAGGCUACUUCAGAUGGAAGGAAGAUAUUUGUGCAUUUAUCAGUCGGCAUUGGACUUUUCUACUUGGCUCCAGAAAGAAGACUUCCACAUGGUGGAGCACUGUGGCUGGGUGUUUGUCUGUCGGCAGCCCAACGUUCUUCCGUUCAGGGGCGCAGGAGUUUGGAGAGCCUGGCUGGUGGAAGCUAGUGCAGAACCGCCCGCCUACUCUGCGGCCCGAGGGGGAGAAAAGCUCUGCUUCUCUGAAGGCCAAAGCGGUGUCAAAGCCAUCCCUGGAUCCCAUCAUCACGGUUGAGGGUUUGAGGAAGCGUGGAGGUCGAAACCCAGUGGAGAGCGCUAUGCAGCUGAAAGAAAAGCGUUCCCGCACACAAGAGGCAAAAGAGAUCCGUCGUGCACAGAAGGAAGCAGCUGGCUUUCUUGACCGCAGUGCCUCAUCCACACCUGUCAAACUGUGCAGUCGUGUGCGACGGUCUGAGCCGUAUCUGGAGAAGGGCGAGGUUAUUGACUUCUCCUCCCUCAGCUCAUCAGACAGAACCCCGCUCACCUCUCCCUCACCCUCUCCUUCACCAGACUUCUCAGCUCCAGGAACGCCCGCCUCGCACUCUGCUACGCCCAGUCUGCUGUCAGAGGCCGAUCUGAUCCCAGAUGUCAUGCCCCCUCAGGCACUCUUCCAUGACGAUGAGGAAUUGGACGCAGAGGGUGUUAUUGACCCCGGGAUGGAGUACAUUCCUCCACCCAGCAUGCCUCUGGCCACUGGCACCAUCAUGGUCAGGAAGAAGCUGCGUACAGCCGAGCUCAUCAAACAGGAAAUGGAGAGUGAAGAUGACGAGCGGGCCAGAGACGGAGAGGAAGAUGAGGGCCAGGAAGAAGGCUUGUUGCCCGCAGGACGGGGGCGUACUGUAGAGCGGAGGAAGAUUCUCCAGGAUAAGGGCGAGGGCUGCGUAUCUUUGUCGAACCCUUGCUACACAUUCAUCAGCCUCUACGAAGAACGCAUACUGCUCCACAAGCUGGAGACGUGUCCGCAAGCGCUGGCGGUCACACCACAGGCCAAACGACUGCAUCGCAAGUUGCUCGUGCGGCAGGCGAAAAGGGAGCGAGGUCUUCCUCUGCUGGAUGUGGAUCAGGCUGUUACUGCUACGCUUAGCUUAGUUGGGGGUGUGUACGGGGCACAGGAGGGAUUGGCCAGCCACAGGACAUGUGGAGAAGAGAAAUACAGAACCACCAGUCAGGACCUGCGUAUACUUGAUCGUUUUCAGUCAACAGUGUCUGUACGGAAAGGGUUCUAUCAACCCACAGUGUCAUUCUCGCACAGACUAAUGGGAUCUGAUGUCUGCAUGGAUCAAAGUAUCAAGAGUCCCUACACAUCCAGAGUGCUCAAGCCAUAUAUCAGAAGAGACUAUGAGAGCCGGCCACUGAAGCUAUGUUUGCUCUCGGAGAUCCGAGCGUAUCAUCACAGGAAGGACCCUUCCUGGGUGCCUGAACCUGAUGCACCUAUAGACUACUGCUAUGUACAGCCCAAUCACAUCCCCUCCGUCAACUCCAUGUGCCAGGACAUCUUCUGGCCUGGUAUUGACCUGUCAGAGUGCCUGCAGUACCCAGACUUCAGCGUGGUUGUGCUUUAUAAGAAGGUUGUGAUUGGUUUUGGCUUUAUGGUGCCAGAUGUCAAGUACAACGAGGCCUACAUCUCCUUCUUGCUGGUACAUCCGGAGUGGAGGCGAGCUGGUAUCGCCACAUUCAUGAUAUACCAUCUCAUUCAGACGUGUAUGGGAAAGGACGUGACUCUACAUGUGUCAGCUAGCAACCCUGCCAUGCUGCUCUACCAGAAGUUUGGCUUUAAGACAGAGGAGUACAUCUUGGACUUCUAUGAUAAAUACUACCCAGUGGACAGCAAAGAGUGCAGACACGCCUUCUUCCUGCGCUUACGACGCUGAGGAUUCUUGAGAUCUGAUGUGCACCUUUUUUGUUCUUUAAAACCCUCAGUAAAGGCUAAGGUAUAUUUAGGCUAAGGUAUACCAUUAUUUCAUGUUUAUUGAGGUUUAGUCAGACUGUUAUUUUUUAUUUGGUUUGAUGGUUAAACUAUAGGGAAGGAUGUUGUGUUUCAGUUUAUAUACCAGCAGUGGAGAUUCUGACCUCCACGUCAUAAGUAAAGUAAAAGUUGUUUUCCUAUUUCAAGAGAGUAAUAUGUUUUUGUAUGUGUUCACAAUUGUGCAGAUGAAAAUCUUGGCACCUAACUGUUCAAUAAAUAUGUAAAUGAUUUAUA